CGCCACCGUCGCCACGUCGGGCAGGGGGUGGGGCCGGCUUGACCUUUUCAUGAUGGCGCGCGGAGGGAGUAAGAAGACGCGGCGCUCGACCGCGGCCCCGGAGGAGCGGCGGCGGCGGCGGACUCGGGGCCAAGGACAGAAGCAGUUGAAGAAAGAUCCCGGAAUACCAAACGUUGCUGUUUUUAAGGAGCGAGCCCAUCGAGAGGCUGAGAAACGGAAGCAAAGGAUGGAGGAGCAGGCAAAGCGACAGAAGGCAGCCCGAGCGCAGAACUUGGUUCAGCGCCGUAGCCUGGAGGGUUUACAGCAGGAUGCUCAGAAGAGGCAGCUUGACUUUGAGCAGAUGGUGAGCCAAAUCCGCGAGCGGGCAGCCGGGAAUCGGGAUCAAUGCCGAGGCGGGGGAGUGGUGGGGGAACGAGAAUGGAGUCACGUGGAGGCUCAGGGUGGGAGAAAGCUGCGAGGCUCCCUUUGGAAAGGACAAGGGACUGGGCUGAGAUGGAGAGCCAACGUUGUGUGUG